AUGAGCAGCAGCAGCGCGCCCCCCACCAUGCCGAGCAGCAGCAGCGACGGCAGCAGCAGCGACAGCAGCAGCAGCAGCAGCAGCAGCAGCAGCAGCGCUGUGGCUGCAGCUUCUUGUGCCGCUGCUGCUGCUGCUGCGAGUCCCGCUGCUGCAGCAGCGGGAACCUUCGUGGGGGGCUCGUUGCCGGGGCUGCCGCCUGCUGCAGCAAAGUCCGCAGCAGCAGCAGCAGCAGCAGCAGGACUGCUGCUGCAGCCGCGGCCCCCCGGCUGGAGCCUGGGCCUGUGGGGCGGGCAGCCGCAACUGCUGCUGCUGCUGGGGGCCCAGUGGGGAGAUGAAGGCAAGGGGAAAGCUGUGGACUAUUUUGCUGCUGCAGCAGAUGUUUGCUGCCGCUUCAACGGGGGCCACAACGCGGGCCACCAGCUGCAGCGCAGCAGCUGCUGCUUCAGCUUCCACUUGCUGCCUGCUGCUGCUCUCAGCAGCAAAGCCAAGAUCUUCAUUGGCAACGGAGUCGUUGUCAGUUUGCGCCAGCUCGUCAAGGAGCUGCUGCAGCUGCACGCGCUGCAGCUGCAGCAGCAGCUGCAGCAGCAGCAGCAGCAGCAGCAGCAGGAGGGGCGGGAGCAGCAGCAGCAGGAGGGGCGGGAGGGGGAGCAGCAGGAGGACGUGGCUGCUGCUGCUGCUGCGGCGGCGGAGUUGGCGGCGAAGUUUGCUGCUGCGCAGACUGCGGAGGAAGCAGCAGCAGCAGCAGCAGCAGCCUGGGAGUUGGGGAGUUGGGAUCGGUUUGAAGAGAAGUACUUGGCUGUUGCUGCUGCGCUGCAGCAGCAGUGUGGGGCCCCACUAGGUGUGGGGUGUGCAGCAGAGCUCGAGGAGCACCGGGUGUACAGACACCUGCUCGCCCCACAACUCACUGACACCGCCCCGCUGCUGCUGGGGGCUGUCUUGUGUGGGGCCCGUUUGCUGCUGGAAGGGGCUAAUGCUGCGCUGCUGGACUUGGACUUGGGGACUUAUCCUUUUGUGACUUCCUGCUGCACCACAGCAGCAGCAGCAGCAGCAGGGCUGGGGCUGCCGCUGCGCUGCUUCGCCCCACACUUUGCUGCAGUUGUGGGGGUGGCCAAGGCCUACUCCACGCGUGUGGGGCGGGGCCCCUUCCCCACGGAGCUGCGGGAUCGAGUGGGGGAUCGUCUCCAGCGUGUGGGGCGGGAGCUGGGAUCGACUACUGGCCGAUCCCGCCGCUGCGGCUGGCUCGACCUCCCGCUGCUGCUGCAUGCAGCAAGACUCAAUGGAUUUGACUGUCUCUUUUUGAACAAGUUGGAUGUCUUGUCGGGGAUCGAUCCCCUGCUGCUGUGCGUGGCUUACAGAGACAGCAGCAGCGGGCUGCUGCUGCCGCCCCACACUUUUCCCGCUGCAGCGCAGCAGCUGCAGCAGGUCCUUCCGGUGUACGAACACCUCCCGGGCUGGCAGCAAAACAUUUCCCGCUGCAGAUCUUUCCACCAACUCCCCCCCAACGCUCAGCUGUACGUACACCGCGUCCAGCAGCUCCUCGGCAUCCCCGUCGCCUUCAUCGGCGUCGGGCCCGACACAGACGACGUCAUCCGCAACUUCUAA